UCAGUUGCAGCUUGUUAAUUGCGAGUGACGGAAGUUAAAGUGUCGCGAUCUUUUAAAUAGAGCACGAAUAGUUUUUAAACGCAUAAAAUCCAUACUUACUAUGGAAGUGCAAGUGGGUGUUGUGGAUUUGCUCAAGCUGGGCAAAAAGCUCAUUGGGCACAAGAUUGUUCAGUACAAUCUAGCCACCAAACAGACGGCAGUGCUGGACACCCAGUAUGGAAGUGUACGUGGCCUUCAACGCAAGACGCUCUACGAUGAGGAGCUUUAUUAUUCAUUCGAGGGCAUACCUUUUGCUAAGCCACCGUUGGGUGAGCUCCGCUUUAGAGCACCUCAGCCACCGGAGCCGUGGAAGGGGAUUCGAGACUGCACUUAUCCUCGAGGCAAGCCAAUGCAGAAACAUUUUAUAUUCCACGUUGUUGAGGGCUCCGAGGACUGCCUUUAUCUUAACGUAUAUGCGAAGAGCUUAAAGACGGAGAAACCGCUUCCCGUUAUCGUUUGGAUAUUCGGCGGCGGCUUUCAAAUUGGCGAAGCAACAAGAGACGUGUACAGUCCGGAUUACUUUAUGAAGCAAAACGUUAUAUUAGUCAUACUCAACUACAGACUAGGACCCCUGGGAUUUCUAAGCCUCAGUGAUCGCGACCUGGAUGUUCCUGGCAAUGCUGGCAUUAAGGAUCAAAUCCUGGCUCUGCGAUGGGUACACAGCAAUAUAUCACACUUUAAUGGCGACCCAAACAAUAUUACUUUGAUGGGCUUAAGCGCGGGAGCCGCAUCAGCUCAGAUACUGAUGAGCACCGAGAAAACGCGUGGUCUUUUUCACAAGAUCAUACUUAUGUCUGGCUCCUCUUUGUGCAACUGGGCUAAUGAACCCAACCACAAGUGGGCGCAUCGCCUAGCCUGUCACUUGGGCUACACCGGCAGUGAGAAUGAGAAGGAAGUGUUUCGCUAUCUACAGCGUGCUUCAGCGCGGGACAUAACCAACUAUAAUGGCAUGGUAAAGAAGGAGGAGACACUUGAUUACAUAUUGUUUCCUUUUGGCCCUGUCGUCGAGCCCUAUGUUAGUGAAAGCUGUGUAGUGGGAAAGCCGCAUGUCGAACUAAUUUCGGAGUCCUGGUCCAAUGAGCUUCCAGUGAUCAUUGGUGGCACCUCCUUCGAAGGGCUGUUUUCUUAUCAACAUGUCGUGCGUAAUUCAGCACACAUGCUAAGCGACUUUGAAGCAUUAAUUCCGCGCGAAGUGCGUCAAUCAUCCACAGCAGCAGAGCUCAAGGAGCAUGUCAGGCGGCUUAAGAUAGCCAGCUUCGAUGACGCCACGCGAGGUCGUAUGGAGUUUAAGGAGUGUCUGCAUUUACUCUCUAUAAAGCAUUUCUGGCAUGCGAUGCAUCGCACAGUGCUAGGCCGUCUGGCCUAUGCGCCAACAACACCCACUUACCUGUAUCGCUUUGACUUUGACUCGCCAUCCUUUAAUCACUAUCGGAUUUUGGUUUGUGGCCGACACGAGCGUGGCGUAAGUCAUGCAGACGACCUUUUUUACAUGUUCUACAGCAUUCCGUCUUGUAAACUAGACAAGUCAUCUGCCGAGUACCGCACUAUCGAGCAAAUGAUUGGGAUGUGGACAGCAUUUGCCACCCAAGAUAAUCCUAAUUGCACUUACAUCGAUAAAGUAAUAUGGGAGCCACUAGAUCCCAAAUCUCCUCUGAAGUGCCUCAAUAUUGGUUCCCGCCUGGAAUUCAUUGAACUACCCGAAACCAGGCAACUCAAACUCUGGGAUAGUUUUUAUAAUAAGCUUAAGUUAUUCUAAAACCUAUUCCCGUGGAUAAAUGUGUCAGGUCAGGUCAGGUUACCAAUAAGAUGUGUUAUUAAUUUUUUCAAUAAAUAAAUCCGUUAUUAAUUUUCAUUGAGAGCUGAUUGAUGUAAAAUUAGCUGCUAGCUGAUUUAAACGGUAAUUCAUUUUUGAAUCAAUAAUUACUUUAAUAAAAAACUAUUAGCACAAAGUACUAGUAGCGAUAAAUAAGCUAUUAAAUAACAACAAGUAAAACAUGUUUCUAAAUAAAUCGAAAUGAUUUCGCCCCGUUUGCGCUUUUCCCCCAUCUUCACAAAUAUAGGUAAAGUCCAAACGAAAUAAUUAUUUCUG